UGCUUCCUGCUUCUCACUCGCCUACUCAAACAUGUCGACAUUUAAGAGAAAACGUGGAGGGAAGGCUCCCGGCGACAAUAAAGCAAAGAAAGCCCGAUUUAUAGGGAAUGCCAGUUCAGCACCUGAAGAUGAACAGGAGAAGAAAAAUGAAAUCAGUGUCCCGGCACCAGUUUCAAAGGGCAAAUGGACGAACAAGGAACGGGUUCUCAUUUUCUCCUCCAGAGGCAUCAACUUCAGAACAAGGCACCUGAUGCAGGACUUGAGGACCAUGAUGCCUCAUUCAAAAGCAGAUACCAAAAUGGACAGAAAGGACAAGCUGUUUGUUAUAAAUGAGGUGUGUGAAAUCAAAAACUGCAACAAGUGCCUCUUCUUUGAGGCAAAGAAAAAGCAAGAUCUGUACAUGUGGAUUUCAAACAGCCCUCAUGGACCUUCUGCAAAGUUUCUGGUUCAAAACAUCCAUACGUUGGCUGAACUCAAAAUGACAGGGAACUGCCUGAAAGGAUCCAGACCGCUGCUGUCAUUUGAUCCUAAAUUUGACAAAGAACCCCACUAUGCUCUGCUGAAGGAGCUCUUCAUCCAGACAUUCUCCACUCCACACUACCACCCUAAGAGUCAGCCUUUUGUGGACCACGUCUUCACAUUUACCAUUGCAGACAACAGAAUAUGGUUUAGAAACUACCAGAUUAUCGAGGAGGAUGCGUCUCUAGUGGAGAUCGGGCCUCGCUUCGUUCUCAACCUCAUCAAGAUCUUUCAGGGGAGCUUUGUGGGUCCUACACUCUAUGAAAACCCAUUCUUCCUCUCUCCUAACAUGCACCGGCGACAGAUCCGACUGGCCACGGCAGCCAGGCUGCGUGAGAAGCAGAUUGUGAAGGAACUGCAGAGCAUAAAGAAAAGUGAAGCAAAAGAUGACGUGGUUAGAGAUGUGACUGCAGACGUCUUCCGAACUCCAGCGGAGGAGAAGCCCGUCCACAUCGAGACUGAGCCACCUGAGCCGAAAGCUGUAAAGAAGAACAAACACAAAGCCUUCAAAAGACAGAGGAUGCAGAUGGCACGGAAGUAACUGGAUGGACAGAACGAAGCUGUGUGAAUGACUUGCGAUGAUACAAUGAUGUCUUAAGAAAAUACGUUGUUUAACAUGACAGUGAAAUCAGUCAAGGUUAGAUUACGUGCAGAUUUGAGUCUGCCUGCAGGUAUUUGUCUCAUCAUAGUCAUUUGGUGGUGUGAGCAGAAUUUACAGCGUGUAUGUUUUAAGUUGUGUGAGGGUCCAGACUACAGGCAACAUGUUAGUGCAUCCUUUUUGUUGCAACCAUUUUUGUCUAAACAGUUGUUUAUAGAGUCUGAUUGUAAUUACAGUUAUUUUCUAAGUCAUGGAAAUAAAUCCAUUCAUUCUUCCCUGUA